AUGGACCCGCGAUACAACUGGCAGCCCCAGGGCUAUCCGAGUGGCCCUCCAAACAACCAGUAUCCUCCGUAUGCGCCGCCUCCGCAACAACAACAGCAGCCGCCGCCGCCAAAUGGCUACCAACACCAUGGCUACCCCCAAUACCCUCCCAUGCAGAUGCAGACGCCCCAGGGAUAUCCUCAGUCACAGCCAGCGCCAUACCAACUACCACCACAACCCAGCAUGCCUCGACCGAUGAGCCAGCAAUAUGCGCAAAUGCCUCCUCAAAUGCAACCCCAGCAACCCCAGCAGCCGCCGCCGCAACCGCAAUAUCAACGGCAGCCUCAAGUCAUUAUCCCCGCGAGGAACCCCCAAUACGCUUCUCCCAUGCAGAUGCCGCAAAUGCAACCCCCGCGGAUACGACAUGUACAAGUACCAGUACAGCGAACAAGCAGUGCAGGCAUCGCGCAAACAGACGGCUCUGGGGACCAGCAACGGCGAUAUAGCGCACAGCAGCCACCCAACCCGCCUGUAUCUAAGCCGGUACAGCGAUCGCCCUCGCAUCAAGAGAAUGGCCCAAGACCGCAGCAGCGGCCCGUUGUUACGUCGUCGAAUGGUCAGGCUCCAUAUCGAGCGCCGUUACAGCCGCAGACGACGCCCCAGCAACAGCGUGUACCGCCGCAGUCGCAGUCGCAGUUGACGCCUCAGCCGCAGCGCAUGCCAUCGCUGUCGACGCCUCAGCAGCCACCUCCACCGUCGACGCCCCAACAACCGCGACCUUCACAGUCGACACCCCAGCAACCGCGGCCCCAGUCGACUCCCCAACAACAGCGCGUUCUCCCGCCGUCUCGAACACCAUCAAGCCAGUAUGGCAGCCCAUUUCCUCAACCAGCCUCUUCGAAACCGCGGAUGCACCCCCAGGUUGUCAUUCCCAAAACCUCUUCGUCGCACCAGCUCACACCCACGAAGCGUGCUCAUCUUCCCCAGAAAGCGCUUCCCGCCGAGCUCUCGGAACUAUUACUCACGGCUGCGGACGAAUACAUCGCGGUUGCGCGAGGCAUGGGAUCGCUGUUCAUACGGGAAAGAAAGGAGGCAGACGUAAGACAGUACUACAAACUGAUGUCCACCGCCAUGGGAUGUAUGGAUACUGUAUUGAAGGACUUCAACAUGCCGCCUAGGGACGAGGCGAAAUUACGGUUGAGAUAUGCUAGCCUGCUCAUUGAAGAGACGGACAUUGAGGCUGCCGACGUCUCCAGUCGGAUCGAAGAGAUUUUGUCUAAGCAAAUAUCCCUCUGCGGACGCCAUCGCUUGCAGGAUCUGAAGUUCGCGGCUUUCCAUCUUCAAGCGCGGUAUCAGUUCAAGACUAAUCACCGCGCUGGCCUCAAGUCACUUGAUAAACCGAUACAAGAAGCGGAAACCUUUCAACACAUCGCUUGGGUGUAUGCACUGCGCUUUCUCAAAGUUACGCUGGCGUUGCAAAUACCGGGUCGUGUAGAGGUGACACUGGCUCUCCAGCAACUCCAUGCUAUACAGGACCACGCAGGUCGACGAGGCGACCGCGCCAUAUAUGUCGCUUGUCACGUGCUCGAAGCCAUGAUUCAUCUGCGGUCAGGUGCAGCAGAUCGGAUAGACAAUGUCCAGCGCGCCAUUGCAGCAGCGCGUAGCCUGCAACUCGAGGUAUCAGCCAAGCAACUGGGAUCGUUCGGCACUCUCAUUGAUAUAAUCGACAUUGCCAGCGGUAUCCAAAAAGGGAGCCCAAACCCGCAAAAAUCUACUGCCCUUCUCGAGUCUAUACUACGCGACAACAACGAUCAGAAAAGCUCACACAGCAGCGUCUUUACUGUUCUGAUUGAGCGAAGCUUUGGGGGCAACCUCACGUUUGACACUGCUGGGGUCUUCCGAAAGAAUGCAGAGCAAAAAGACGAAUUGGUCUUUGCAUGGCUCCCAAAAGAGGAUUUGCAAGCGUUGUGUUUUCAUAUCUGCGCUCUGGAUCAACACGUCCACGAAAAGGGGCUCAAUUUCAUGAAAGAAGCACACCAGCGGUUCCGCGAAACGACAAAGCGACGCACCUUCAACGGCAUACCCAUCUCCAUCGCUUUUGCACGCAUAGAGUGGAACAUGAUACUAGACUGGUACACCAUGUUCGCCAUUGGUCUCAUGGCCCACAAUCGCAACGAACCCCAGACCGCCUCCGACGCCCUCUCUUUCCUCAAGAAGAAGAUUAGUGCAACUCCUUACAACAACCAAGAAGCCUUCGUCCGCACACUCACCUACUUCUCCGCCAUAACCGACCAACUUAAUGGCCCCCUCCACGUCUCCCUCUCGUCUUACUCCUCCCCGAUCCUUGGCAUACCCGAAAAGGCGCACGCAACGCCCGCGAAGAUAGAUUUCGCGGUGACUGCAGCACUAAACCAACUCCUUAUCCUCCGCGACCCAUCCCACCCCCAGCACACUCAAGCGCAAUCCCUGCUAGCCCAAGUCAAACCCUACGCCGAAGAUCACCCCAACCAAUACCUCCGCAUCGCCUUCCGCCUCAUCGCCGCCUUCCACGCCGAAUCCACAACUUCCAUCCUCCAGCAAAAGAAGACGGUACAAGCUGCUGUCGGCCUAGCCCAGGAAAUCAGCAAGAGGACACUCAACUUUGAGUUUGUGGCUAUGAUGAUGUGUUAUUUCGUCGCGCGCUUCUUUGCUGAUACCGUUGGGGAGAAGAGUAUUCAGGCGAUUAGGGCGGCGAGGAGUCAGGCGGGGAAGGUUAGGAGGGGGGUUUGGAUGGGUGUUGCGAGUGGGAUUGCGGUGGGGGUUUAUGCGAGGAAUGGGAUGGGAGGGGAGGCUGAGAGGGCGGCGAGGGAGUGGGAGGGGGUUAGGGGGUCGUUGCCGGGACCGCUGCGUGGUGCUGGUGGUGGUGGGGGAGAGGGGGAGGAAGAUGCGGAAGGUGAUGAGGAUGAUGCUGAAGGUGAAGAAGAGGAUGGAGAGUUAGAUGCUGAUGGUGAUAUUGAUGUUGUGGGGUAG